AUGACCAUACAUCUAACCACCACUUCAUGGAGUUUCCCAGAUAGUGCUAUUGGUAAGAAGUAUAUUCUGGCCAGAACAAGCAAUGGUUAUGAACUGGUACCAGAUGGUAGCAAAGUGCCAGGAAUACCAGUCUCAACUGUGGUUGCGCCCAACAGUAAACCUCAAGUAAGCUGAACGUUUCAGAUAUUAGUGCAAGCAAGCAACGUUUUUGUCGACAUGGACGUCACCCGAAAAUUGGUAGAACUAGUUUUGACCAUAGAGAUCAUAAAUAACACUAGAGGAGGCAUUGUAAUCUUAAUUCACUAAAAAAAAGGGAACGCGAUUAUUGGGGGGGGGGGCAAAUUCAAGUCCCGGAUGUGUAUUCGUGUUCCCAUUGGUGACGAGUUUCAAAUCAGCCAAUGAGAGCUCGAUUUUAUAUCCGGGACUUGAAUUUGCCCCCCAUUAGCUACGUUCCCAAUUUUUAAACUCGAUGUCUCCUCUAGUGUUAUUUAUAAUCUCUAUGGUUUUGACGGCAUUUUGCAUCAUGGCGCUCGUGUAAGGAAGCAAAAAACUUUACCACAAAAAUACAGUUUUUAAUCCAGUCCUCCCUCGGCAAUCUGACGUCGGUGUUGAUAAAAACGUCGCUUGGUCAAGCUCCAUACACCCUUUUCAUAAAUGGCUGCCGAUUAAAAAUUCUUUUAUGUGCAUAUAAAUUGGCCCAACUAGCCUCGUUUCUGGGUAGAAAUUCCUUUGAAAUCUUAACACGAGUACGAGGCUAGUUGGGCCAAUUUAUAUGCACAUAAAAGAAUUUUUAAUCGGCAGCCAUUUAUGAAAAGGUGUAUAAUAUCUUCGGUCAUUUAUAAUGCUAGGACAGUGGUUUGGUUUGUACAUGUGACUUGGGUUACGAUUUCAUCUCAAUUACGAUAGCAUAUGAGGCUAUAGUACUACUUAGUACUUUCUAUAUAGUAUAUUCUGAUCAUGGUAUUUUCAUGGUAUUAUAGCCAACUGAUCAUGGUAUUUUCAUGAUCAGUUGGCUCUGAGACCCAGUGGCGUAACGGGAGGGUGUCAGGGUGUCCAGUGACGGGGCACCCCGAACUUUAGGGGGCCCCGACAAAAAUGACCAUAAAAAAUUUGAUAGCACAUUUCUGGGAAAUUGAAUUCAUUGAAUUGAAUUGAAUUAAAAAAAACCAUACUCUGGAAAAGGCUAAAUCCGUGGAGAAAUUGGGGGAUACACGUAACAUUCCUGAAGCUGAGACGGAUUAAGUACGUCGCGACUGAGGAAAAGGACGAUAUACUAGAAUAAUUUAAUCCCAAAAAUAAAUUGUUCCGAGAAAAAUUUUUGGAGCCUAUUUUUAGUGGAGCAAAGGGGGCCCAAAGUGGCCGAUUGACGGAGGGCCCCCGGCGGUUGGGUUACGCCACUGGCUCUACCAAACAUCAUAGCCGUAGAUUUCCCGCUUUGCCAGUAAUACUAAAUCAGUAACGGAGUCCGCUGCUGGUUCUCUGGGAAAAACAGUUUGGAAGUGAUAGAGCUCUUCAGUAUAAAUACAGUUUAGUUUACGUUGUUAUCCACGGACUGUAGUAACACUGGACCAAUAUGAGAUGGCCCUCAUGACCAAAGCUUUAAGAACUUAAAUAUAUUCGUGAUAUUUUGUUUAGCCAACGAUUCAACCUCAUCCAGCUGUAAGUAUCGGCACGCCAAGCCAACCUCCCGUCAUGUUAGAUCAUGCUGCGAUCACGGAGAAGAAAAUUAACAAUUUACUAAAAGAAAACAGUCGUUCUAAAGACAAGGAGGUAAACAUUGUAUUCCUUAGUAGUGGCUUUCAGUAAGUAUUACAGCGUAACAGUUGUUGGUCAAUUUCACUGAAAUGUUAGCACUCAUUCGGCCCUCUUGUUUGACCGCCAUAUCCUACAUAAUAUGACAGAUAAUGGUUAGUAAAUUAGCCUUUUUCACGAAGGCCAAAAUCCGCUAUUUUGGGGGGUACUGUCUGCCCUUGUGAAAGAUUCUAGACAAUUCAAACCACAGGAGGCCCAGGCUCGAUUUGCCCGCGCCCACCUGUGCCUUCUGUGGAAAAAUGGGACGUGAGAAAGGCUGUUUAAACCCGGCAUCUCUAGCUUGUAUUUGCCCAGUAUUUUCAUCGUUCUAUCCAAUGAUAUGUUUGUAUUUGUUUCAUAACCUGCAGAGUGUUGUAACACUAGCUUUACAAGGUCGUGAUGGUACAAAUGGGAAAGCAGGACCUAAGGUGUGUUCUAGUGCUUGUACCGCUCAACAUAAUGCCUCACAGAUGGAACUGGGGAGUAUGCCAACGAAACUAUCCAGAUGAAGUAGUUUGAAUGACGCGCUGUAUAGCGCGUUUGCACUCAUUCCCCAGGGAAAUUGCUAGAUAGUAUACUUCAAAAUAAGGUUUCCGUUUUUAUAUCAUUUUUUUAAAUAAGUUAGGGUUAGGUUAGGGUUAUGGUUAGGUUAGGGUUGGGGUUAGGGUUAAGUUUAAUAUUAGGGUUAGAGUUUAGUUUUGCGUUAGGAGGGUUUUUUCUACGUCAUAAAAACGGAAAUCUUAUUUUGAAGUAUACUAUCUAGCAAUUACCCAUUCCCCAGGGACCACCUCAACAAAAGCCAUGGCGGCCAUGUUGGUGUUCCAGACAAGAGUGUCUUAUUAAAAUGCUUUUGAAUUGGAACACCAACAUGGCGCCUGUGACGUCAUGUGCCAACGCUCUAUAACUGGCAAUGGUUCUUGGAACAAAACAUGCAUCAUUUGACAUUCUCUUGAUUGUCUGCAUUUAAUAAUAUACAUACAAACAUCGAUAUUGGUGCCUUGUUCAUAACAUUUUUAUAAUAAUAUACAUGCAUAUACAUACAUCGAUGUUGGUUUGUUGUUCAUAACUGUACAUCGACUAAAACUAUGUGUUGAUCUUUUUAAUAUUAUAGGGUAAACCAGGGCCGCCUGGGCCUUCGGGAAGACAAGGUCCACCAGUAAGUUUUGCUUUUCACUUGUUUCCAUUUACCAAACUGACGUGACGUCAUUUGAGCAGUUUCUAAAGUUGUUUCUUUUUUUUAUUAAUUUGGUUAGAGUUAGAGUUAGAGGUUACCACUGCAUGACUUUUCUAUGAUUGUCUAUGGUAACAUCAAACCAACUUUCAUUUAUUUUUCUCGACAGGGUUUAAAAGGAAAGCCUGGAAGUUGUAAACUACCGCAGGUAAUAUUUUUCACCGCUUGAGAUGUUUCUUAUUGUCACAUUGUCAUUCAUUUUUGACAUAUAUUGCUGUAAAUUUAAGUUUCAGUGUGAUAUAAAUAUGAUGCGGUCUUUGACAAGGAGAAUAUCACAACUAGAAAAAACUUGUACCAAGUUCAAGGACAAAGUAAGUAUAUCUGAAUCACAAUUGACAGAAUUUAUCACCUUCAUACUAUAUCUAUUUAUUUAUUUAUUUAUUUAUUUACAUAGUGAAUUUUUAUUAAAUUGCGGGGGUCCCAACGUUUGUUUAAUUCAAGAGAAAACUCUAAUUGGGGCUUAUUUUUACUAGAAUUUUUUCUAUAUAAGUUUAAUAUGAUAGCCUUUUAAUAAACAUAAGUCUCACACUAGCAAAAUACUAACACACUAUAUCCACCAUAUUUACAAGCUGAUUCACAUUAAUGAUCUUUAAUUACUAGAAUUGUUAUAUACAUCAAUUACAAACAAAUUUUUGUGGGUAAAAGUAUUUUAUCACUCACAAAUAACUUACAACUUAAAGUUGUGUGUUAAAUAUUUAACCGGUCACUUAAAUUGAAACGAAUUUCGAACUGAAAAAAUGAAUUAUUACAUUUUUUCCCUUACAGGUAAUUGGAGGAUCAGCCAAUCGUCUUACUAAUAGUUAG